CGCCGCGCAGCCCCGGGCAGCCGCACCGCGACACGCCGGCAGGCAGGACCCGCGCCGGGCCGCCCGCUCCCCCGCGCUCGCCUAGCAACGCGCCGCGGCCCGCCCGCCUCAGCUCGCCCGCCUCUAGUCCGCUUCAGCCCGCCUAGCCCGCCUCAGCUCGCCCGCCUCAGCCCGCUCGCCUCAGCCCGCCUCAGCCCGCCACCCCGAGCCCCGCGGCCAUGGACGGGCGUUGCUGGCGCGGCCGGUGCGCGGCCCUGGCCCUGCUGACCGUGUGCUGCUGCCUGGCCCGCGGCGGCGGCGCCGAGCGGCAGUUCCUCAACGAGUGGGCGGCGGAGAUCCCGGCGGGCAUCGACGCCGCCAGAGCCAUCGCGGAGGAGCUGGACUACGACCUCGUGGGGCAGAUUGGAUCACUGAAAAAUCACUACCUAUUCAGACAUAAAAGCCAUCCAAGACGGUCUCGAAGAAGUGCCAUUCAUAUCACUAAAAGACUUUCUGAUGAUGAGCGGGUGUCAUGGGCAGAGCAGCAGUAUGAAAAAAAGCGAACUAAGCGUGCCGUGGUGAGAGACUCAGCAGAGAAUCUUUUCAAUGAUCCUAUGUGGAAUCAGCAGUGGUAUCUGCAAGAUACAAGAAUGACUCCAUCCCUACCCAAAUUGGAUCUCCAUGUUAUUCCUGUGUGGCAAAAAGGGAUUACAGGAAAGGGUGUUGUCAUCACCGUCCUAGAUGAUGGCUUGGAGUGGAAUCACACUGACAUCUACGCCAACUACGAUCCGCAGGCAAGUUAUGAUUUCAACGAUAAUGAUCAUGAUCCCUUUCCUAGAUAUGACGCGACAAAUGAGAACAAGCAUGGGACGCGGUGUGCAGGAGAAAUUGCCAUGCAAGCCAACAACAGAAAAUGUGGAGUUGGAGUAGCCUACAAUUCCAAAGUGGGAGGUAUACGGAUGCUGGAUGGAAUAGUCACCGAUGCUAUUGAAGCCAGUUCAAUCGGUUUCAACCCAGACCACGUGGAUAUUUACAGUGCAAGCUGGGGCCCUAAUGAUGAUGGUAAAACCGUGGAGGGACCUGGGAGGUUGGCACAGAAGGCUUUCGAGUACGGGAUAACAGAGGGCCGAAAUGGGAAAGGGUCCAUUUUCGUCUGGGCUUCUGGGAACGGAGGCCGCCAGGGUGACAACUGUGACUGCGAUGGUUACACUGAUAGUAUCUACACUAUCUCCAUCAGCAGUGCUUCUCAGCAAGGCCUUUCUCCCUGGUAUGCAGAGAAGUGCUCCUCAACUCUGGCCACAGCAUACAGCAGUGGGGAUUAUACUGACCAAAGAAUUACAAGUGCUGAUCUUCACAACGAAUGUACAGAGACUCACACUGGGACUUCUGCGUCCGCACCACUGGCCGCAGGGAUUUUUGCUCUCGCGCUGGAAGCAAACCCAGAUCUAACGUGGAGGGACAUGCAGCACUUGGUGGUGUGGACAUCAGAAUACGACCCACUGGCUGGAAAUCCAGGAUGGAAAAAGAAUGGAGCGGGACUGAUGGUCAACAGCCGAUUUGGGUUUGGACUGCUCAAUGCUAAUGCGCUGGUAGAUUUGGCUGAUCCCAAAAAAUGGAAAGGUGUACCAGAAAAGAGAGAGUGUAUUGUCAAAGACAAAAGCUUUGAGCCAAGGUUAUUAAGAGCAAAUGAGGAGGUCAUCAUUGAAAUUCCCACAAAAGCCUGCGAGGGUCAAGAAAACUCCAUCGCGUCUCUGGAGCACGUGCAGCUUGAGGCAACGAUCGAGUAUUCCCGUAGAGGUGAUCUUCACGUCACUCUGGUGUCUCCAUCAGGGACCAGCACUGUCUUACUGGCGGAGAGAGAGAGAGAUAAAUCCCCCAACGGCUUUAAGAACUGGGACUUCAUGUCUGUUCACACGUGGGGCGAGAAUCCAACAGGCACCUGGGUUUUAAGAAUUACUGACGUGUCCAGAAGAAUACAAAAUGAAGGAAGGAUUGUAAACUGGAAGCUGAUUUUGCAUGGCACUGCUACCCAGCCUGAACACAUGAAGCAGCCACGUGUAUACACAUCCUACAAUGCUGUGCAAAAUGACAGGAGAGGGGUGGAGAAGAUGACGGACUUUGUAGAGGACCAUACCACACAGGAGAACCUGAGUGAGAGACCCAAGCUCGCAGAAGAUGCCAGCAGCAGCAGUGGCAAAGCCGAAGAUAAAAUCCCAUCAGAGGCUAUGCUGCACUUGCUGCGAAGUGCUUUUAGCAGACAGAUGGCUCAGAAGCGGCUGCCAAAGAAGACUGGAAGUGAGAAGUUAAAUAUUCCAUAUGAACACUUCUAUCAAGCCCUCGAAAAACUAAACAAGGCGUCCCAGUUGAGAGACUCAGAAGAAAGUCUGUACAGUGACUACGUUGAUCUUUUUUACAAUGCCAAACCAUACAAGCAUAGAGAUGAUAGACUGCUGCAAGCCUUGGUUGAUAUUAUAAAUGAGGGAAACUAAACUAUAGGGUAGGGCACUGAGUUGGAAAUAUUCAUUCUCCACACCCCACCUGUAGUUUUUUUUCAGAAGUCUGUUGUAUGCUCUAGUUCUGUGAUUGCUGCUUUGAUUGCUUCAUAUUUAAUACAAAUAUCAAGGAAAGGAAAAAACGGGUGUGGGAGGAUAAGGCAGUAAGCUGAAGCUUUUUAGUAAUAGCGUUUUUCAAAUCCUUUCUUCAUUACCAUCAGAGUAGAUUUGCCCCCUCAGGCAUGAAAUACAAUGGUAUUCCCCAGAAAACCUUAAUGCUCUAUUUUAAACAAUUUUCAUGUUACUUAUUCUUCCACCCUAUUCACUUAGCUUGUAGACGGAUUCAAAACCUGAAUUACCAAGCAUUUUUGAGGCGAACUGCCAAAGCUAUGGGGAGAUACUCUCAUCCCUGGAUUGGUAAUGAAUAUUGCAGCCUUUCUUGUAUUUGUCAUUUAUUCCAGAUCUAGCAGUCACAGCCAGUCCUGCUUCUACCAUAGUUUUUUGGUCCCUUCUCCGAAAGAUGCUCCCUCACCCUUCUGUUCUCCCGUGAAGGGGCAGCUGGGAGGCUGGAGCUGGAUUGAACAGCGAUGAAAUUAUUCACAAUUUAAACUACAGGCAGACAUACACGAACAUAAAAGAGGCCCGAAUGAGGCAUCCUAGACCAUGAGAUGGCAUUCUCAUCAUCCAACCCAUGUGAAGUGCCUGAAUUAUGAGCCAUGUCUUGCUAGGCUGGACAUAGUUGAUGAAGAUGGGGCUUCUGUAGACAGAAUGUCAGAGCACUUGGCUGGUCCUUGCACUGAAUUACCCAGUGCGGUACUGGUCUGUUUGUGUUGACUGUACAGAGUCACAGAGGGUUUGUGCUGCAGGGCCCUCCCCAGCCCCCCAGCCCCCUGCCAUGACAGGGACAUCGUCACCAGCUCAGGGUGCCCAGAGCCCCGUCCAGCCUGGCCUGGGAUGUCUCAGGAAUGGUUCAUCCACCACCUCUCUGGGUACCUGGCACAGGCUCUCACCACCCUCAGGACAACAAUUUCUUCCUCAUGUCCAGCCUGAAUCUCCCUCCUUUAGUUUAAACCAUCACCCCUUGUCCUGUCACAACAGGCCCUGCUCUAAAGUCUGUCCCAUCUUUCCCCUUUUAAGUCCAGAAAGGCUGCAGUAAGGUCUCCCACCUAUGAACUUUGGGGGACCAACCUCCUACCUAUGGAACAUCAGUUACAUUUCUAAAAUUAAAUGACACAAAUGCCUUCUGAGAUGCCUAUGCCAACAGCAGUCAGGACAACCAAGCUUAGAUCACUUUGUCCUUUCCUUGAACUGUGACCCAAGUAGAAUAAAAAGGAGGACUAUACCAGCAAAGUCCACCUAGAGACUGGAUCUUGGAGUGUCUGUGGUAGACUGGAGCAUUUCCCAAAAUAUAUAGGAAGUUAAGGCAAAUUGUGUAGGGAGAGAUGUGAGAUAAAAGAAAUACCCUGAGAAGGGACUCAGAAAUUGAGGGAAUGAGUACAUGGGGACUGGAGGAGGGAGAGGAAUAUUGGGAAGGAGAAGGUGGAAGAGGCGGAAACAGAGGUGGCCAUCAGAAAACAGCAAGGGUGGGCAGCUCCCUAGCAUCGGCAGUUUUCCACACAUACCUCCUGAAAGUCAGAUUCAGCAUUGACAUACUGUUGUUUGCUUUUCAUAAUUUAAAAAACAUAAUGCAGUGUUUGAUGCUCAGAAAUUUAAGGGAAUCUAGAACAAGGAAAUGAGGAUUCCCAGGGGAUAUUCAUCACACUGCAGUGCCAAAGUUAAUCCAGAUAAGUGCUGACCGUUCUUCGCUUUUGUUUCUCAUCUGCUGUUGAAAUGUGUUUUCCAGACAUUCUAGAAAUACUUGACUCUCCUUUGCUGUCUAUUCCUUAAAAUGAUGUAAGUGUCUCUAAGACAGGAAUUCAGCGUUUUGCUCAUAAUUCAUCAGUUCUGGUAGAGAUUUUUCAAACUUCACACUAAAUUCUGUAAUUUUAAGGUAAAUUUAUUUACUGUAAGAGUACUUAAGUUUUCUUUGAUGGAAAAAGGGACUACUUAAAGACAACUUUCAAAAUUGUCUUCUCAAAAUUAAGUUUUAAAAAUCUCUGUUUAUUCAUUGUUUGUGAUGGUUUCGUGCCUAUCUUUGGCUUAGUCUGCUUUUUGGCCAGCUUUAGAUAGAUUUAGCUGAUAGAUAGAUUUUAGUUGAUUUGACUAUUUCUUCCCUAUUUCUAGUCCAUAUGUCAAGGAUAGCAAAUCCACCAUUUAACGUCUCUUAUAUUGAAUUUCUCCCCCGGUUAAGAAAUUUGCUGACAAGGAGAAGUGAAUGAAGGUGGCCCAAAUGUAAAAGCUUUCCUGUGCUGUCCCUCGACACAGGAGCUUUCUGGCAAAACACAGAACUGCUGAAUGAGCAAAACAUUAAAACUUCUAACUGUGUGAGAGCACAAACUUAUUUCCACUAAUGUUUAAUUUUCAGAACUGGGAGUUAAUCUCCAUGGUGUAUAUUCCCAUCUGGUGCGGCAGGGCCACUUUCAGUCCUGUGCAGUGAAGCUCAGAGUCUAUUUUCCUCAGAAAACAGUGAUUUUAGCGCGUCCUCAUUCAGGUAUGCUACAGCAAGGAAAGUUCUAGCAACCCUCAAUCAGCCUUUGAAAGAAGUUUUCAGAUUGAACAGGUGGAAAACAUAGGACCUUCCUUUGUUUUAAGAUAAGUUCACGUGUUGUAGCCGAAGUUUCAUCAGAGGACAAGUUUGAAAUCUCUCUUUUGGAUGUUUCCAACCCAGAGUAGAUUGUACAGGAGUAAAUUAUUUUUAUUGUUAGUCUUUCCUUGGAGCCCGUGGGGGUUUUGUGAAAAAUGUAAAAGGAAAAAAAAAAUGUUUUCUCUCAGAAUUUUAAAUUAUAUUUUCUUUACAGGUAUUUAUAAUAUAGCAAAGAUUUUAUUGAACAGACAGAAUUUUAAAAGGCUUAAUAAAUUAUAUUGAAGAACCAGAUUUUUUCUUGGGAAAGAGACAAUUUCAUCCAAUAAAGGUAUUUUCUAAAAGGCAUGUUCCAACAACAACCGCAACAUGUAUGUGAUGUGAUGUUAAAAUUUGUCUACUAGUAGCAUAAUACAGUGUGUUAGCAGA